AUGAAAAACUCUUCAGAUGUAGAGAAGCUUGUAAGUUGCAUGAAUGAGAACCAGCCACUGUGGAAUAUGAAACACCAGGUGUUACCAAUGGCAUUCUCGACUUACUGUCAGUCGGAACAGCAACCAGUGCACUUUAGGAAUAAUAAGAAGUGGCAUAGCUUAAGAGAUGUUUCUCGAAGAGAAUACAUCAAAUUUAUACAAAGGAGGAGUGGAGACAAAGUACCUCUAAAGGACAUUUCAUCAUGGACACUAUUUAACACAGAAGAUUCCAUGGGAACAUUUCAUGAAAUGUCCACAAUGAACACAUACCACUCCCACAUACGUGGUGACCCAUUUCUUGUAACACAGAAGAAACUCAGUUUUUUUGCCAGCAAUGCUGCUUUGAAGUAAGACAGUGAUUAUUUUUUAAUGAGCCUGCUACUCUUUUUAAAGAACAUAUCUAUCCACAGGAAACUUGUAGUUCAUCAUAAACUGCAUGUUGUUCUUGAUGAAGAACUAUGUGCUGUGCCUGCCACUGUCCUAUCCUACAGUGUAUUUCCUCAAUCAUCAAGUGAUCUGAAUAUUGUGGGCACUUGCCACUUGGGAGCAUUUCAGUUCAUGAAGAGGAAUACUCUACCUCAAGAUACAGCGGGCGGCGGCAAGGGGGCGGGGGGAACGCAAGGCGGGCGGCGGCAAGGGGGCGGGGGGAACGCAAGGCGGGCGGCGGCAAGGGGGCGGGGGGAACGCAAGGCGGGCGGCGGCAAGGGGGCGGGGGGAACGCAAGGCGGGCGGCGGCAAGGGGGCGGGGGGAACGCAAGGCGGGCGGCGGCAAGGGGGCGGGGGGAACGCAAGGCGGGCGGCGGCAAGGGGGCGGGGGGAACGCAAGGCGGGCGGCGGCAAGGGGGCGGGGGGAACGCAAGGCGGGCGGCGGCAAGGGGGCGGGGGGAACGCAAGGCGGGCGGCGGCAAGGGGGCGGGGGGAACGCAAGGCGGGCGGCGGCAAGGGGGCGGGGGGAACGCAAGGCGGGCGGCGGCAAGGGGGCGGGGGGAACGCAAGGCGGGCGGCGGCAAGGGGGCGGGGGGAACGCAAGGCGGGCGGCGGCAAGGGGGCGGGGGGAACGCAAGGCGGGCGGCGGCAAGGGGGCGGGGGGAACGCAAGGCGGGCGGCGGCAAGGGGGCGGGGGGAACGCAAGGCGGGCGGCGGCAAGGGGGCGGGGGGAACGCAAGGCGGGCGGCGGCAAGGGGGCGGGGGGAACGCAAGGCGGGCGGCGGCAAGGGGGCGGGGGGAACGCAAGGCGGGCGGCGGCAAGGGGGCGGGGGGAACGCAAGGCGGGCGGCGGCAAGGGGGCGGGGGGAACGCAAGGCGGGCGGCGGCAAGGGGGCGGGGGGAACGCAAGGCGGGCGGCGGCAAGGGGGCGGGGGGAACGCAAGGCGGGCGGCGGCAAGGGGGCGGGGGGAACGCAAGGCGGGCGGCGGCAAGGGGGCGGGGGGAACGCAAGGCGGGCGGCGGCAAGGGGGCGGGGGGAACGCAAGGCGGGCGGCGGCAAGGGGGCGGGGGGAACGCAAGGCGGGCGGCGGCAAGGGGGUGGGGGGAACGCAAGGCGGGCGGCGGCAAGGGGGUGGGGGGAACGCAAGGCGGGCGGCGGCAAGGGGGUGGGGGGAACGCAAGGCGGGCGGCGGCAAGGGGGUGGGGGGAACGCAAGGCGGGCGGCGGCAAGGGGGUGGGGGGAACGCAAGGCGGGCGGCGGCAAGGGGGUGGGGGGAACGCAAGGCGGGCGGCGGCAAGGGGGUGGGGGGAACGCAAGGCGGGCGGCGGCAAGGGGGUGGGGGGAACGCAAGGCGGGCGGCGGCAAGGGGGUGGGGGGAACGCAAGGCGGCGGCAAGGGGGUGGGGGGAACGCAAGGCGGCGGCAAGGGGGUGGGGGGAACGCAAGGCGGCGGCAAGGGGGUGGGGGGAACGCAAGGCGGCGGCAAGGGGGUGGGGGGAACGCAAGGCGGCGGCAAGGGGGUGGGGGGAACGCAAGGCGGCGGCAAGGGGGUGGGGGGAACGCAAGGCGGCGGCAAGGGGGUGGGGGGAACGCAAGGCGGCGGCAAGGGGGUGGGGGGAACGCAAGGCGGCGGCAAGGGGGUGGGGGGAACGCAAGGCGGCGGCAAGGGGGUGGGGGGAACGCAAGGCGGCGGCAAGGGGGUGGGGGGAACGCAAGGCGGCGGCAAGGGGGUGGGGGGAACGCAAGGCGGCGGCAAGGGGGUGGGGGGAACGCAAGGCGGCGGCAAGGGGGUGGGGGGAACGCAAGGCGGCGGCAAGGGGGUGGGGGGAACGCAAGGCGGCGGCAAGGGGGUGGGGGGAACGCAAGGCGGCGGCAAGGGGGUGGGGGGAACGCAAGGCGGCGGCAAGGGGGUGGGGGGAACGCAAGGCGGCGGCAAGGGGGUGGGGGGAACGCAAGGCGGCGGCAAGGGGGUGGGGGGAACGCAAGGCGGCGGCAAGGGGGUGGGGGGGAACGCAAGGCGGCGGCAAGGGGCAUUCGCUAGCUGUCAAUCUCUUGCAGUGCAAGUGUGUCAGCUCCAUGCUACUGCACAGCAUGUAG